GUUUCCGUGUGUGUCAAGAAUGGUCCACCACCCAAAGGGCAUCCAGCCAACUGUGAAAAGCAUUGUUGUCAAUAUGAGACAGCAUCCCUGUGGAAUGCUUUCGACACCUUGUAGAGUCCAUGCCCCGAUGAAUUGAGGCUGUUCUGAGGGCAAAAGCGUGAGGGGGUGCAGCUCAAUAUUAGGAAGGUGUUCUUAAUGUUUUGUACACUGUGUAAGUAGCCUAGAUGUUACAUUCCUCAUUCAAUAUUGAAUAUUUUACUGACAAAUGUGUAUCCUGCUUUUAUUUGAAGUAGGCCUAAUUUAAAUAAAGUUUUGCAAGUGAUAUUCCCUCCCUCCUUACAUCUUGUAUUGCAGGCAGAGUCAUUAAAUGAGGUGAUGUGGGAGGAGUUAUGUAUGACUGAGCUCAGCCAAGUCACUGGGGAGCUGGUUCAAAAGGGAGAGGAAAAAGAGCCUCAGCACCCAGCUGGAGAGGGAGUCUGGGGAGGUGGAGAGGCUGAGGAGUGAAGUGCAGACAGGAGGCCCAGAGGCUGACCAGGGAAGCUGAGACAGCUAGGCUGCAGGCUUGGGAGGAAGUCGAGCAGGAAAUGCAGAAACUAAAGAAGCAACUGGAUGAAUCCAACAGGAAACAUGAAAGGCAGAAGCUGAAUAAGGAGAAGGAGGCUCUGCAGGUGACAACAGAGUUUCUGACGGUCAGACUCAACUCUGUGAAUGACAUAUUGGCCCUACAAGAGGAGAAGAGGGUUGAGAAGACUAGGUCAGACCCUCUCUUGAAGGCUGGGCCUAAAGGCACUCGGGUUCUGCGCCGCUGGAGAGAGAAGGUCUUCAUGUUGUUGGUCGAGCUUCACUCAAAGGACAUUGAACUGAGGGGAGAAAAGGACAAUUGUACAAUCUCGUCUCUGGAGCAGGAGGUGAAGGAGAAGUACCAGUCUAGUGUGUUCCAGCACAGCCUGCAGGACAGAACAGCUGCGCUGGACCUGGAGAGGGUGGCUUGGGAGGCGUGAGAGGGGUCUGGUGAGUGAGUAUAAGGGCGCUCGGACCACAGCCCUGCAGACUUCUGUGGCCUUGGAGGAGCAGCAGCAGCAGCAGAGACCCUCAGGGAAGAACAACACUCUGAAAGCCAAAGACAAGCUACAGACCGGAGACUCAGUGGUCCUCAGCUCAGAGGACGAUGUAGAGGAGGACGGGGUGGGGCAGUCCAGAGCCAAAAGAGAACUCACAAAAGUGACCUUCUGCAAAAAGUACUGGGAACUUUUUUUGCUUUCACUGCAAGUUUUGAACAAUCCAUUUCUCUUUUGAAAUUGAACUUUUCAAGUUUCAAAUCUUUGACAUUCCAUUACAUACUUAUGUAACUCAGACUCUUUAUAAAAUAACACUGUUGACACAACAGCAAUGUUCCCACUUUGAAGCUACAUGACUUGAGGUCUUGAUUGGCCAAGAUGAAAUGCAUUGGAUUGAUUUGUUUGCUUUUGUAAGAUUUCGUGAAUUUUCUAACUGUUAAUUAGCGCUGAACACUAAAGUAAUGUCCUCUAGCUUAUACCAGUGAGAGAUACCAUUCCUCACCUUUGGCUGGCAGGCUACGGCCAGGGGAGAAGCUGACGGACUGAUGAGUUCAUAUAAGGUAGGUGGGCAUGUGGCCUGUGCUCUCAGUCUAAUCAAUAAGUCAAUGUGUUUUCUCCCAGGGCCUCACAGCAAGGAGGAGCAUGACAGGAAAAUCAAAUGAAUUGAUAGCCUCGAUCAAAACCGCGUGCUGCCUUCCACAGAAGAAGACUAAAUAACAGGCUGAGUUAUGACCCUAAGUGCUCUGAACUGUAGUACUGGAGAAAGGAGAUUGACCUCUGCUGAUGGUUUUGUAGUCUUGCUAUUGGUUGUGUUUAUAAAGACAUGAAUCAGCAUCUUCUUGGACAAAGCUGUGUAUUGUUUUGUGUGCCGACAUAAUGUAAUAUUUUGAACUUUAAUUGUGUCUUUUGAAGUGCUGUUUUGAAAGCACUUAGAACUUAAGAAGCAUUUCAUGAAAAUGAGGUGUGUGUGUGUGUGUGUGCUCCAUUAGGAAUGGAGAGGUCAAUCAGCAGCUGCCAUCGUCUGGUCAUUACUGUAAAUGGAAGUCCGGUCCAACUGGAAGAGAUGUUCAAUUUAGUGUUAUGAAAGUAGCUGUGUCCCUUUCUAAGUUCAAUUCUAUAUCUAUUAUGAAGCUGCAGUAGCUGGCUAAAGUAGUGACCAACCAGAAAAACAACCUGAAAUGCAGAAGAUAAAAAAUACACAGGUUUAUGUAGGCAUUCGUGAUUAUGGUGAGAAAUUGAAUUCAUUUAUUUUGUUUAACCCUAGUUCCUGCUUGUGUCCCUAGCCAUCAUCUUUUCUUGUUUUCCUUUUACAGAACACCAUUACAGUGUCAUGGCAUUUAUUCAGCACUAAUUGGGGCUGAGGCUCACUCAAGCAUAUCUGUCUGAGGCACAAUACAAACCCUGUUGUUGAAGUGCUAAGAUAACCAAGCUAUCUACAGUUUUUACCGUCAGUAAGUAGGUGACGUGCUAGAUGCAAGGUUAUUUUGGCCAGCAUAAAGGCAGUGCGAGUUUGAGUGUGUGCAGGAAAUGCAGGGUGAUUAAUUUUUUCCCCCAGAAGGCUGUUAAGCAGCAACAAGACUGGUUUAAUGUAUUUUCUGCCCAACAGUGUUCUCAUCAGACUCCAGCAGCUCUAAAGCAUUGUUUGGCUUGGUGCAGAGAGGAGCCCUGACAUAACGUGUAUCCUAUGCAGUUAGGGGUUCAUUUUUCAUUCCAGUGUCCUCCCUCUCUCAGGUUAUUGUUAUCACAGUGUAUGUUUAACUAUGGCUCACUGACACUGUAAUUACUUUAAUUUAUGUAUUGGUGUUGUCAUGUAUAUGUACACAGAUUGACAUGAAUAGUUUUCUCUGCAUGUUAGUACUAUAAUGAUGAACAUUUCUGUUAUAAUCAAUGUAGGACUGUCUAUUCUGAUUAGGCCUAUAUCUCUAGAGGACUACCAAUCCAUCUAAUUGAGUGGACAACUUUAGAUGAUGGCAAAUACUAACACUUAACUAUGUAAGUACGGAUCUAUAGUAUAAUAACAAAUGUAAUCCCACUGGUGGCUUGCCUUUGAAGCUAAGCAGAGUAUGUCCUGGACGGUCCCUGGAUGGGAGACCAGUGGUGUUAGAGGGCCAGUAGGAGUCACUUUUUCCCCUGGUAUUUUUUUUUCAUCCCAAUGCCCAAGGGCAGUGAUUAGGAACAUUGCCCUGUAUGGGGUGUCGUCUUUCAAAUGGGAUGUUAAACGGGUGUCCUGACACUCCGUGUUCACUAAAGAUCCGAUGGCACUUAUUGUUAGAGUAGAGGUGUUAACCCUGAUGUCCUGGCUAAAUUCCUGAUCUGGCCCUCAAACCUCAAAUCUGGCCACCUAAUCAAAUUAUUUGUCACAUGUGCCAAAUACAGGUGUAGACCUUUACAGUGAAAUGCUUACUUACCAGCCUUAACCAACGAUGCAGUUAAAACAUUUUUUUUUAAAUAAAAGUAACAAAUAA